GUUUUUUUCUUUUUCAUACUCAUCGAGUACCAUUGGCCUUGUGACCGAUCUUCACUUUUCCUUCUACACAGUAGCAUACAACCCUUUCGUUGCAUUUAUGCGAGUGAACGCUUUGCUGUGAGCAGACAUGGAUGGUAAAGGGAAUGAUGCGCUUUUGAAAACGACCAAAGUGACGGAAUGGACCUUGAACAAUGGUGGUUACAUAUCAGUUGCUUUUGGUGGACUUUUACUAUUGGGAUGCAUCGUUGCUUACGUCAUUGCGGUUGCACGAGGAAAUGUUGAAGCUAUUUUACCUCUAAUAAGUGAUGCAGCUGGCUCGCCGCCUCAAAAUGGGCUUUUUGGUUUACUUAUUUGUUUGGGAGGGAUGUUUGGUGUCCUAUUCAUGAUUCAAAGGUAUAUGAUUGUCCUGGAGAAAAAUCGUGAAAAAAGCAGUUUAGUAACUGCUAUCAAUAGGCUUAGCCUCUUCGUAGGCAUUAUAUCUAUGUUGGGCAUUACUUUAAUAACUGGAUACCCUGUGAAUUUCUACAGAAAUAGGGACGUAUGGUUAAUGGACGUUGGUCUCCCACAUAUGAUUGGAGGAGUGAUGCUGCUUUCUUUAGGAUUGUGCUAUAUUUCUCUGCAGUGCAUUCUCACGCUUUUCCUCAAGUCGAAGAAUGAAACAGUUUUUUCAUUGAGAGUUCUUUUGCUGUUUAUUUGUACAGCAGCUUUUGUUUAUCAUAUGAUAACAGUGCCUGAGAAUUUUGGUGGAAUUUCACACCUUUAUUAUUUGAACAGUACUGAAAAUGAGCUGAAUUACACUGGAAUUUUGCCUUAUCCACCAACGAUGGGGGCUAGUCUUAAGUUGCCCAUCGAUACAGGAGGAUCGUACGUUGCCAGUGCCAUAUCUGAAUGGGUCUUUGUUAUUUUCUUCUGCUGCUUCUUCUUCACCUUUUUCCACGAAGCUCAGGAAUACUCAAUGCUGAUUGUUAUAGAGACACACACUACGCAUGAGCCAGAAGUUAUCGAUGAUACGAAACCGGAUUUUAGAAAGUUGUCUCUUCAUCAUCCACAGAACGGCAGCCAGGAUAUUUCAAAACCCCCACCUGAAGUAAGGAAAGUUUUGAGACGAGACAGCACAUGCCAGACGAUGACGAACGCUCUGGACGACGCACUGAAGACUGUGCCAGUCAAAUCUAUUAAAACAGCUUCGACAAAAACUUCAACAGCUGAGGGAACUAACACUUCAACCAAAGAAAUGCCCAACACAGAAGUUGAUGUUAAACUAACUCGACUACUUAGUGAAUGUGAUGCUGUUGAAGACUCCAAAGAUGAUUCCAAAGCAGAAAUGAAAACAACAGAACAAAAUGUUUCAACAAGUUGCGAUGAUUUGGUUGCAUCAAAUGGUAAUGUAAAGAAUUCGAAAGAAGAUCAAGAUAAAGAAGAAGAAAGAAUUGCCAUUGAAAAAAUUGAUGUUGUUGUGAAAAACGCAGAGGAAGCAGCCACUGCCAAACACGAUGAGGAUUCACCUAGAAAAACCGACACUGAAGAAGCUCAACCUUCAAAUUGCCCGUUAUCUGUCCAAUAAUUUUAAGUAAUUGUUGUUUUAAUAGAAUCCAUACAUGAAAUUUACAAACCUAAGAAUUUCAUUCAUGUCAAUCUGAAUCUUACUGAUCACUAAUCUUACAUAACAUAGGAUUUCUGGCCACGCGCCAAUGUGGUGACCUUUGACACCUUUUCAAGGGUACCGCAGUAUCACUAACAUUUGAAACGUAGUUCUGAUGGCGCAUUAUUUUUUACAGAGGAAUUAAUUAAACCGAAAGUGGAAUUGGAUCACGAAAUAAGAGAAUAUUUUACUAUGGUCUAAAUUAAGAGUUUAAAAUAUCAUUAUAUAUAUAUAUAUAUAUAAGAUUUCAUUUUGAAGUCUGCAUCUUAUUUAUAAUUUUAAAUGUUAUUUAUCACUGGAAAUUAUUAGAAAGAAAAAUGAAUACAUUCAACCCUAACUUCUAUAAUUUUUGAAUAUUUUUAAGUAGUUGAAUUUUAAAAUUGGGACGAUAUUAUAUAAGAACUGUAGAUAUUAAAAUUUAGAUGAUAAUAUAUAAGAACUGUAGAUUUUUUAAGACUUGUUUUUAUUUUUUAAUUGCGUUGUAAUAUGUACUUAAACAGUUAUAAAAAUCAUCAUAUUAUAAUAUUCAUCUUCUCUAAAGAUACUUCUCUGAUUGUCAAAAGAUAAAAUCACAAAAAGGAAUUUUGUAGGUGUUCUUAUAUUGAGAAUGCCGUCAGAAGCGAAGAAUUAGUUUUGUUAUAGAAACGUCCAAAGUUUUUGGCUUUUGAAUUAUAUUGUAUCGCAAAACCUAUUUCUAUAUUGUAAACUUCUUUUGCUUUUUAUUAAAUUAUACUUUUAUAAACAUCAUUCAAGUAUUUUUUUACCAGGCAAUUUAUUUCAAAGGAAAUCUUCAGAUACUUUCGAUAAAAGUUUUUUUUUUUGACAAACAUACAAUUAUCCUGUUUUUUUAAAUUAAUUUGUUGUUAUAUAUUAUGUUGUAAAAGUGUAAGUUAAAAAUAUUUUCAGUUUGUAAGAAUUUUCUAGAAUAAUUAUGAAAUGUGUUUUAUAAAUAUUAAAAUAUUUUUUUAUUUAAAAGUUGUCAAAGAGUUUUCUUCUAAAAGAAUGGCUAUAUUUAAGCAUCUAACAUAUUAUUUUGAUUAAUGAACAGAAGAUGAGCAUAAAAUCUUUAUUUUCAAUGUUUCAAAAUCAAAGUUGUUUUUUUUUUCCCCUGCUGAAAAUUUCGGUCACUAACAUUCUAUGUAAAAUUUUAGAUGUCAUCUAAAUUUGAAAGGAGCAUAUUAAUAUUUUUGUUUUCAAUUUUUUCGAGCACAGCUGAUUGAUUUGAUAAAGUUCAAAAUUCCUCUUAAAUCAGGAUAUCUUGCUAACAAAGCAGAAAUUUGUUAAACAUUUUGGAACAGAAUGUACUUUGAAAAAUUAAUUUGUAAAUUCUUUUCGUCUUCAGCCUAAAUGAGUAUUUUUAAGAAAUCAAUAUCCGAAAUGCAUUAUAUUUGUCCUAUUAUUUUGUUUUAUCACGGACAGUAUUUUCACGAAAUUUUAUUUAAUUACUGAUCUAAGACCAAAUCGCAGAAGUUGUUAACUAAUCGUUGAACUUUAAUUACUGAACUAAGAUCGAAACUUGUCAAAAAGAACUUCUCUUGAGAAUGAUUGCUACGAUUAUUUAUCUUAAAUAAAUACUAAUUAUCAAACAAAUGAAAGAAAUGAGAAAAAAAGAAUGAAGCAGCAGACUGAAAAUAUUAGAUAAUACUUUGAUUCUAAUAUUAGAAAUACUUUGUAUUCUUUUAUUUAAAGAUUUGUUAGCAUGCUUUCCUGUUAAAAAUGCCUGUGGCAUUUUUGUGAUUAAAUGCAUAUUUUACAUGAUAUUUAUUUUGCAUUGUUCCACUUUUUAUCAGAUAUAGUACAAAAGUAUUUAUAUAUUAUCUUUUUAGUUUUGUUUUUGACUAAAUACGUGUAGCUUUCACCGCAACUGUGAAUUAUUUUUCAAACAUUGUUAUCUGAUUCAACAAUUACAUAUGGGAGGUCGUUUGAUUUUCAUGUUUUACGUGCCUUAUUUGAUUGGUGAAAAAAAUACAAAGUAUGCCAUCCUUUACGUGAUGUACAAAUUAACAUCAUUAAAUAGUAGGCAGCGAGGUUAUUAAAUCUUAAAUAAAAUAAAUCAUGCUGAUUGAAGGAAUUUUUUCACUUUUUAAAAAUAUAUAUUUAAAUUGCAAAUUUGACUUAAUAGUUGAGGAAGCAAUUUUUAAGUUUAAGAAUGUCUAACUUAAAAAUAACGAUAUAUAUAAGACAAUAUAUAGCGAUAUAUCUCGUCUAUAAUAUAGUGAUAAUAUUUCCACGAUUUCAGUUUAAAAAAAGUAUUAAUUAUAAAAAAAUUUAAGAAUUUUUGAAGAUAUGAUUUUACUAUUAAAAUGCUCAUUACAAAAUGUUCAAUGUGACAAUUUUUGUUGUUAUAUUUUUAGGGGAUAGAAUAUCUAAUAACAUAGAUAUAUAUAAAAUGGAUUGAAAUUGACAAAAAGGGUACAGACAAAAAGCAUGCACAAGAAAUAUAUAGUCUUGUUGAAGUUUAUUAUUUUAAAGCAAGAUUUUCUUUGAAGUACAUUAGAACGGAAUGGAAGGAAUGUAAAUGUAAUUUUCCUUUUUUGAUAUUUUAUUUUGUUUUAUGUUAAGAUGAAGUAAAAUAAAAAUUUUAAAAAAUAAUGUUUGGAUUAAUUUUUUUUAACAAAAAUUGUUACAAAAUUUAUAAAAAAACAUUUUUAUAGAUAUAAAUUAAAAGAAAUAAAUUGAAGUUCGUGUUUUAUUAAGUUGGACGUUAACGGGUUAAAUAAAAAAAAAAUACUUUUGAAAUUAGCUUACUGUAUAUAACGCCAACUAUUUUUGUAUGUUAGAGUCCAUUAUGUUUAAAAUUGAUGUUCUCUGUGCAUCUUGUAAUUUUUAUGGAAGUUUUAAUUUCGGUUAUUAUGAUUAUUUUUAUAUGAUGUUGUUAUUUAAAAUAUAGAUAUAAAACGUGAAUGGUUUUGCUUUUGAAAUACGUUUGUGUUAUAUCAUGUUUUUUUUGGGUGCAUUGUAUGUGCUUGUAUCAGUUAAUGUUAGCAUUUUCUGUUUCUAGACUUUGUACCGUUUAUAUUUUUAAUAAAAAUGCAGGUACUCGAUA